GGGCGCACGGCUCCGCCCCGUCGCCCAGUCCGCGGCGUGGAGGGGCUGGCGUUCGCCCCGGAAGUGGCUGUCUUCAGCUGACAGCUGCUUGUAAGGUGGCGGCGGCCGGCUCGGAGCAAGAUGGCGCUGCGGCCGGGAGCGGGAGCUGGAGGCGGUGGGGCCGCGGGAGCCGGGGCUGGGGCCGCCGGGGGAGGCAGCUUCAUGUUUCCAGUUGCAGGUGGAAUGAGACCCCCUCAAGCAGGACUGAUGCCGAUACAGCAGCAAGGAUUUCCUAUGGUCUCUGUCAUGCAGCCUAAUAUGCAAGGCAUGAUAGGAAUGAAUUAUAGUUCUCAAAUGUCCCAAGGACCAAUUGCCAUGCAGGCAGGAAUACCAAUGGGCCCAAUGCCAGCAGCAGGGAUGCCUUACCUGGGACAAACGCCUUUCCUGGGAAUGCGUCCUCCAGGCCCACAGUACACUCCAGACAUGCAGAAGCAGUUUGCUGAAGAGCAACAAAAACGAUUUGAACAGCAACAGAAGCUCUUAGAAGAAGAAAGGAAAAGACGCCAGUUUGAAGAGCAGAAGCAGAAGCUCAGACUUCUGAGUAGUGUGAAACCGAAGACAGGUGAGAAGAGUAGAGAUGAUGCUUUGGAAGCCAUAAAAGGAAACUUGGAUGGAUUUUCCAGAGAUGCUAAGAUGCACCCUACUCCGGCAUCACACCCUAAGAAACCAGAUUAUCCCACAUCAUCUCAUUCUACUAAAACUGUCUCCCCAUCAUCUGCCUUUCUUGAUGAAGAAGAAUUCAGUGACUUUAUGCAGGGGCCUGUUGAAGUGCCCACAUGUGGUCCUUCUUCCACUUCCCAGCCUUUUCAGUCUUUCCAUCCCACCACCCCACUUGGCCAGUUGCAUACACAGAAGGCUGGAGCACAGCCUCUCCCUCCAGGUCAGAUUCCAGUGUCUUUUGCCUUACAUGGUGUCCCUGGGCAAAUUCCUUCUUUCUCUACUGCUGCAGCCUCAUACAAUGUACAGAAAGCAGGCCCUUCCUUGGAGGAGAAGCUCCUCGUAUCUUGUGAUAUAAGUACGUCUGGGCAGGAACAAAUUAAAUUAAAUACCUCUGAAGUUGGGCACAAAGCCCUAGGCCCAGGUUCCAGUAAGAACCAUCCCAGUUUAACGACCAAAAACGGGGGUGCUGUAGAUGGACGUGUAAGUGGUACCACCACUACAGAGGCAGAAAAGACUUCAGACCAAAACCUGUCCAUUGAAGAGAGUGGUGUGGGAGUAUUUCCCUCACAGGAUCCCGUUCAGCCCAGAAUGCCUCCUUGGAUUUGCAAUGAGAGUUUGGUUCCAGAUGCCUAUAAGAAAAUUUUAGAAAUCACAAUGACUCCAACUGGAAUAGAUACUGCUAAACUUUAUCCCAUUCUGAUGUCGUCUGGACUUCCCAGGGAAACUCUUGGACAGAUAUGGGCCUUAGCUAAUCGAACUACACCUGGCAGACUGACUAAGGAAGAGCUUUAUACUGUUCUCGCCAUGAUAGCGGUAACACAGAGGGGUGUUCCUGCCAUGAGUCCUGAUGCUUUAAGUCAAUUUCCAGCCGCUCCUAUUCCAACUUUAAGUGGCUUUCCUAUGACUUUGCCUACUGGGGUGAGUCAGCCAACUGGGAUGUCUUCAGGCCCUGCAGGCUCCAUACCCCUCAACCUCGGACAGCCAGUUAUGGGCAUUAACCUUGUUGGACCAGUUGGGGGAGCUGCAGCCCAGGCUUCUAGUGGCUUCAUGUCAUCUUACCCUGCAAAUCAGGUGGUAAAACCAGAAGAAGACGACUUCCAGGAUUUUCAAGAUGCUUCUAAGUCAGGCUCCCUUGAUGACUCAUUCACUGAUUUCCAGGAGUUGCCUGCUUCUUCAAAAACAAGUAAUUCCCAGCAUGGAAACAGUGCCCCUUCUUUGUUGAUGCCACUUCCUGGAACUAAAGCAUCAGCUUCGAUGGAUAAAUAUGCUGUGUUUAAAGGAAUUGCAACUGAGAAGUCCUCUGAAAAUACUAUUCCAUUUGGAGAGCCUGGUGAUAAAUACAGUGCUUUCAGAGAACUCGAACAGACAGCAGAGAGUAAAUCUUCAGGGGAAAACUUUGCAGAAUUCAGAUCUGCAGGCACAGAUGAUGGCUUCACAGAUUUUAAAACUGCCGACAGUCUAUCACCACUAGAACCACCAACAAAAGACCAAACUUUUCCAGCGGCCUUCCCCUCAGGAGCUAUACAACAGAAACAACAAACACAAGUGAAAAACCCUCUGAACUUAGCAGAUCUAGACAUGUUUUCCUCAGUUAACUGCAGCAGCGAGAAACCCUUGUCUUUUUCAGCUGCGUUUAGUGCAUCCAAAGCCGUUUCCACACGACCACAGCCAGCAGUGCCCGCUACAGCCACGACAGCAUUGGCAGCCACGAAGAUGUCUAGUUUGGCUGAUGAUUUUGGAGAAUUCAACCUUUUUGGAGAAUAUUCUAGUCCAGCAUCUGUUGGGGAGCAGGAUGACUUUGCAGAUUUUAUGGCUUUCAGUAACAGCUCUGUUUCAGCUGAGCAAAAGGCCGAUGACAAAUACGAUGCCCUUAAAGAGGAAGCUAGUCCUGUACCUCUGCCUGGCAGCUCGAGCAGUGCAGUGAAGAUGGGACAAGGCUCAGCUGCUGCGUCUACCAAAUAUGAUGUCUUCAAACAACUUUCUCUGGAAGGAUCUGGACUAGGUGUUGAAGAAAUGAAAGAUAACACUCCUUCAGGAAAAAGUGACGAUGAUUUUGCUGACUUCCACUCCAGUAAAUUUUCUUCCAUGAACUCAGACAAAUCCCUGAGCGAGAAAUCCGUGGCUUUCAGACACACCAAAGAAGACUCUGCUUCGGUGAAGUCCUUGGAUCUCCCUUCCAUUGGUGGCAGCAGUGUUGGCAAGGAGGACUCCGAAGAUGCACUCUCUGUUCAGUUUGACAUGAAACUGGCUGAUGUGGGAGGAGAUCUUAAGCAUGUCAUGUCUGAUAGCUCUUUGGAUUUACCAACAGUUAGUGGCCAGCAUCCUCCUGCUGCAGAUAUAGAGGACUUAAAAUAUGCUGCUUUUGGAACCUACAGUAGCAAUUUUGCAGUGAGCGCACUUACGAGCUAUGACUGGUCAGACAGGGAUGAUGCGUCUCAGGGCAGAAAACUCUCUCCAUUUGUCCUCUCAGCAGGAAGCGGGUCCUCCUCAGCUGCCUCAGUUCUUCAAAAGAAAGAGACAUCCUUUGGCAGUUCCGAAAACCUCACCAUGACCUCUCUUUCCAAAGUAACAACCUUCGCAAGUGAAGAUGCUCUUCCAGAGACUGCUUUCCCAGCUUUUGCCAGUUUUAAAGAUGUCAUUCCUCAGGCCAGUGACCAAAAGGAAUAUGAAAGCGGGGACUAUAAAGAUUUCACAAGACAGGACUUGCCGACAACGGAACGGAGCCAAGAGGCCACCUGCCCAAGCCCAGCUUCCAGCAGCACUUCUUAUGACACCCCCAAAGAGUGUUCAGAUGACUUUGGAGAGUUUCAAAGUGAAAAGCCCAAAAUCAGCAAAUUUGACUUUUUGGUGGCCAAUUCACAGAGCAAAAUGAAAUCCAGUGAAGAAAUGAUCAAAAGUGAGCUGGCGACCUUUGACCUCUCGGUUCAAGGAUCACACAAAAGGAGUUUGAGCCUUGGCGAUAAAGAAAUAAGCCGUUCUUCUCCCUCUCCGGCUCUGGAGCAGCCUUUCAGAGACCGUUCCAACACUCUGAGUGAGAAGCCAGCCCUGCCUGUCAUCCGUGACAAGUACAAAGAUCUGACAGGAGAGGUGGAGGAGAAUGAGAGAUACGCGUAUGAAUGGCAGAGAUGCCUGGGGAGUGCCCUAGAUGUCAUUAAGAAGGCAAAUGAUACUUUAAAUGGAAUCAGUAGUAGUUGUGUGUGCACAGAAGUAAUCCAGUCAGCUCAAGGCAUGGAGUAUUUAUUAGGUGUCGUUGAGGUGUACAGAGUGACCAAGCGCGUGGAGCUGGGCAUAAAGGCCACCGCAGUGUGCAGUGAGAAACUCCAGCAGCUGCUGAAGGACAUCGAUAAAGUAUGGAAUAACCUCAUUGGCUUCAUGUCCCUGGCCACGCUCACGCCUGAUGAAAAUUCACUGGAUUUCUCCUCUUGUAUGCUACGGCCUGGGAUUAAAAAUGCUCAGGAACUUGCAUGCGGGGUGUGUCUUUUAAAUGUGGACUCCAGAAGCCGGAAAGAAGAGAAGCCUGCAGAAGAACAUCCUAAAAAAGCAUUCAACUCAGAAACCGACAGUUUCAAGCUGGCAUAUGGAGGACACCAGUAUCACGCCAGCUGUGCCAACUUCUGGAUCAACUGUGUUGAACCAAAACCUCCUGGCCUCAUCCUGCCUGAUCUGCUCUGAAAAGUUCCUCAACAAAGGACCCACUGGGUUUUGUUUUUUCCCCAUCACACCCCAUGAGGUGACGGGAAGCCAGAAGCAGAACGCAGGUACUGUGCAGUGCACCUCCGUGAAGCUGUACGAAGAUUCCCCAAGCCGUAGCGGGGACAGAGGAGCUGCCGGGUUCCCAGUCCUUCCUACAGACGCCCUUUGUCCCCCGGGGUCCCGCUGCCAGUCUUGGGGGUUUGAGGUAAAAUCACCUUGCCCAGACUGCACAUGGUACCAGAAGUUUGCUAACUUACCUUUAGUUCUGGUAAGAUGUUUGAAGACACGGACCACAGUUUUCUUUCUCUGAGGAAUAACUUGCUGCUGCAGUAUUGAAACUGUGAAGAACUGAUGUUUGAAGAAAAGUCAGUUGUUGUUAUAGGACUAGAACUGGCGAGCAUGUGUUGAGCCAGUGCUUGCUUACUUACAUCUAGAACACCGUUGCCCUGUGUGGUAGAAGGCACUUACCCACAUUUAAUUUGUUGAUAUCUGAAAUGAAUAAAAAGGGGAAAUUGUGAUGCA